GCGGAGCGGGGGGCCGGGGCGGCAGCAUGGCCCUGGAGGACCCGUUCUCCGCCGUGCGGGGGGAGGUGCAGAAGGCUGUGAACACGGCCCGGGGGCUGUACGAGCGCUGGUGUGAGCUGCUGCAGGAGACUCAUGUCGUCAGCACGGAGGAGUUCGACUGGACCACGAACGAGCUGCGCAACAGCCUGCGGAGCAUCGAGUGGGACCUGGAGGAUCUGGAGGAGACCAUUGGCAUUGUGGAGUCGAACCCUCGCAAGUUCAGGAUCGAAGCCAGCGAGCUGACGGAGAGACGGGCCUUCGUGAGGCAGAUGCGGGACUCUGUCAAGGAGAUGCGGGAUCACAUAUCCAGCCCAUCAGCCCUGGCCUUCGCUGAGCGGAAAAACAGAGAGAUGCUGAUUGGCGGUGGGGCCAGCCAGAAGCCCCCCCCGGAGCGGUCCGGGCAGCUGCAGGAGGAGCUGGUGUCCGCCAAUUCCCGCUAUAUUGAGGAGCAGCAAUUGCAUCAGCAGCUGAUCAUAGACCAGCAGGACGAGCAGCUGGAGCUGGUGUCGGGCAGCAUCCGGGUCUUGAAGCACAUGUCGGGCCGGGUUGGGGACGAGCUGGACGAGCAGAGCUUGAUGCUGGAGGAGUUCGGCCAGGAGAUGGAUCACACCCAGUCCCGCAUGGACGGCGUGCUGAAGAAGAUGGCCAAGGUCUCCCACAUGACCAGCGACCGGCGCCAGUGGUGUGUGAUCGGCGUUCUGCUUGUUCUCCUCAUCGUGGUGCUUAUCCUCUUCUUCACUCUGUAAUCGGCUGGCCAGGACUGCGGGGGGUGGGGGGGCACCACUCUCCUGACCAGCCCCCCCUCUCCCCCUCCACGCACAUGCCUCCAUCAUUGCUUGGCGAGCAGCCCAGGAGCUGCCCUGCUGGAGCACAGCCCAAAACGGUGCCUUUCUCUGACCUUUGGGGCUGGCACCUAUGGUAAAGAAAAGGCACCUCCAGGUACCAGGGGAGAUUCCUGCUGGGAAUCUGGUUCAGGUGUUUCUCUCCUCCCCCCCAGCCUUUGCUUCCACAUCGGGGGCUUGCAGUCAGAUACAGGGCUGGGGGUGUUGUCAGCCUGUAGGGGGCAGUAGCAAUGUGCUGGAAUGGGGGGCACUUCUGAUCUCUCCCCAGAUUUGGGAGGGAAGGGAAGCCAGUUCUUUGGUACCUCCACCCCCCUUCUGCAAAGCCAGGAGCGGGAAGGAGAAGCAGCUUGCCCGUUCCAGGACGGGAUGGGGCAGCACAGCCUGUGCCACCAGGGGGCGCUGUCUUAUCACACCAGCUGCCUGUUGCAGGUAGACCGAUUCUUACUAGCAUGGGGUGCAAACUCAGCUGUUAAUACCCUCCCAUGCUGGGCUGGCGCACGGGGUUCAGGGAUGGUGACAGCUGCUUUUUAGGGCUCCCCUGCCUUAAAGCCCAGCUGCGCUUUGCCUGGCCUGCGCUGGCUCCUCGCCCCUCCCUGGCGGGGCCGUCGCUCAUUUUUUGUACGAAAAGCCAAAAUAAUUCCUCAGGCGGGUUUUCAGUUAAAGAAAUGGGGGGUCACGUUGUUGGAUUUUUGCUUCCUUAGAGGGGAGGAAGAGGACCUGACGGUCGGUUUGUUGUUAAUUAUUUGUAUUAUGGUAGAGUUGGGAGGCCCCCACAGUGCUUGGUGCUGUACAAACAGAACCGGGAUGGACCCUGCUGGUGCCUCUGCCACAAGGAGAGACUGCAGUGCAUGCUGGGAGAUAUAGUCUGGCCAGGGAGCAGGGCCCAUGGGGGAAAUAGGGGCAUGAGACACUCCUUUCUACAAUUCCCAUGAUGCACUAUGGCAGCUGAUAGGGAGUGCAGUGCAUCAUGGGAGAUGUAGUCUGGGCAGGGAGCUUGGCCCACAGAGGAAAAUAGGGGUGGGAGGGGCUCCCGGCUGCAACUCCCAGGCUGCAGCCCAGUGGCUCUGCUCCGGGAGUGAGCACAGUGUGUUCUGGGAGAUGUAGUCCAGCCGGGGAGCAGGGCCUGUGGGAGGAAGUAGAGGCACAAAGGACGUCCAACGACAGCUCCCAUGUGACAUGGUCCCAGAGUCUCGUGGCCUCGCCGGAACCUGAAUUUCUAAUU